AUGGAUCUCUACGUUCUCCUCCUCUCCAUCUUCCUAUUCGGGUUCUUCUUCAGGCUAUUACUCCGCCGCUCGCCGGCCAAGACGCUGCCGCCGGGCCCCGCUGGCUUGCCCAUCAUAGGCUCGCUCCACCUCCUCGGCGAGCGCCCGAACCAGUCCCUGGCCAAGCUGGCCAAAGUACACGGCCCGCUCUUCACUCUCCGGCUGGGUUCCAUCACCACCGUGGUGGCUUCCUCCGCCGAAGUGGCCAAGGAAAUCCUCCAGAAGCACGAUCAGACCUUCUCGAACCGCCCCAUGCCGGACACCGUCUCGUCGCAGCCCAACCCGGAAUCCACCUUGGCCUGGUCUCCCGGGGACCACCGGUGGCGCAACCGCCGGCGAGUUUGCAACACGCAGAUGUUUAACGGCCAGAAACUCGAUCAGCUUCAGCACCUUCGCCACAAGAAGGCUCAGGAACUCGUCCACCUCAUAAAAAAGCGUGCACUCUCAGGCAACGUGGUUGAAAUUGGGCGAGUGGCCUUUGCCACCACUCUAAACUUGAUCUCCAACACCGUCUUCUCCAAGGACAUGGUGGACCCAGAAUCCGAGUCAACUCAUGAGUUCAAGAACCUUGUCUGGAUUCUCAUGGAGGGUGCCGGCAAGCCCAACUUCUCCGACUUCUUUCCGGCGCUUCGGCGGUUUGACUUGCAGGGCUUGAGGCGCCAUGUCAAGCCUGCAUAUUCAAGGCUCCACGAGAUAUUCGACGAAAUUAUUGACCUGCGCUUGAAAGCCAAAGCCUCCGAUGUAGCCAACAGUACUAGGACUGGCGACUUCUUAGAUGUUCUUCUUGAUCAAUGUGAGCAAGAUGGGUCUGAUUUUAAUCGUCAAACUAUCAGGCCUUUGAUUCUGGAAUUAUUCAUCGCUGGAACUGAUACAUCUGCAAUAACAACUGAGUGGGCAAUGGCGGAGCUUCUUCACAAUCCAGAAAUUCUGAAGAAAGCGCGAAAAGAAAUCAUCGAAACAAUCCCAAGCCAUCAACUUGUGCAGGAAUCAGACAUUGAUCGCCUUCCAUAUCUCCAAGCAAUAGUGAAUGAGACCUUGAGGCUCCACCCCGCCGGCCCUCUUCUCUUGCCUUACAUUGCAACAGACGACGUCGAAUUGCUGGGUUUCGUUGUGCCGAAGAACACUCAACUGUUGGUAAACGCAUGGGCCAUCGGAAGAGAUCCUAAGCACUGGGACCAGCCCUUGUUGUUCUUACCGGAGAGGUUUCUGAACUCUGGGCUGGACUAUAAAGGGCGGAACUUUGAGUACAUUCCGUUUGGAGCUGGCCGGAGGAUUUGCCCCGGAAUGCCACUGGCCGUUCGGAUGGUGCAUUUGAUGUUAGCUUCUGUUCUUCAAGCCUUCGACUGGAAGCUGCCUGAGGGAACGACGCCGGAGAAUAUGGAUAUGGAGGAGCAGUUCGGGAUCACAUUGAAGAAGGCUGUUCCUCUUCGUGCCAUCCCUGUUCUUGAAUCAUUGGUUUAA